GAAUCCCUCGUUCGAGCUCUGAACUUCAUUUUUUUCCUAUCUCCUUUUCUUUUCUCGCUUUCUGAUUUUCUUGUAGUAGGUGAGAUUUGAGUGGAAAAAAUAUUUGGUUAGAGAAGAUGUUGGGAGUAUUCAGCAGCGCGAUCGUGUCCCCGCCGGAAGAGCUGGUGGCCGCCGGAAGCCGAACGCCGUCGCCGAAGAUGACGGCCGACUCACUACUGAAGCGGUUCGUCGACAGCAACUCCUCCGCCGUUUCGAUCCAGGUCGGAGACAACGCUCAGCUGGCUUACACUCACGCCAACCAGUCCCUGCUUCUCCCCAGAUCGUUUGCAGUGAAGGACGAGAUAUUCUGCCUGUUUGAAGGUGCACUGGACAACUUGGGCAGCCUGAGGCAGCAGUACGGUCUAGCUAAAUCUGCAAACGAGGUUGUUCUUGUGAUCGAGGCAUACAAGGCACUUCGUGAUCGGGCGCCUUACCCUGCAAACCACGUCGUGGGGCAUCUCAGUGGCAGCUUCGCCUUCAUCGUCUUCGACAAGUCCACCUCCACCUUGUUCGUCGCCUCUGAUCAAUAUGGUAAAGUGCCACUUUCCUGGGGGAUCACUGCUGAUGGGUAUGUGGCGUUUGCUGAUGAUGCUGAGUUGCUGAAAGGUGCCUGUGGCAAGUCCCUUGCUUCUUUCCCUCAAGGAUGCUUCUUCUCCACGGCAGUUGGGGAGCUGAGGAGCUUCGAGAAUCCUAAGAACAAGAUCACUGCGGUGCCUGCAAAGGAAGAGGAGAUAUGGGGUGCAACCUUUAAGGUGGAAGCAGCAGUUCUUGCUGGGUCUAAAUAGAGGGAGAGAUUGAGGGUGUGUUCGAUGGAGAGAAUUAUCCAGCAACUGAAGAAGAGUCUAAUUUAUGUAAAUACCUACUACCAAAGGGGGAAAAGUGAGAGCAGCCAGUACUGAUCUGUGGUCUUUAAGUAUAUGCGAUACUUGGUGUAAUGUUUAUCUCUGCUUUGAGCUGUAGGUCUGUUAAUUGGGUUUGUGGUUGUUGUUGUUGGUGGUGGUGGUGUUUGAGUGUUUGUGUACAGCAGCCUGUGUCCUUUUCCAGCUUAAUAAACGAAGCUAUGGAUCAUCCAAGUUUGUUUGCUUGGUGCGUUUCUGGAAAUGGUGGAUUCAAAUUCAACAGAGGUAUAGAAAUUAGGAACAUGUCAACCACCAAACCUGUAUAUGGUGUUUGUUGGGUUUCACGGAAUCUCCAACAGUCUUGUCAGUUACACCGGACAGGACAGAGACUGAUUCCAACUUUAUUUGUAGUUAGCUCGACGAUUUCUCCCAUUGUGGCAUCAGUUUUGACGUGCAAACCUUGAAAUGAGGGUGCAACCACCGAUUAACAACGACCAAGGGCUUUUAUUUUUCAUGGUGAAAGGAGAAAUUAGCAGAAAACGUGGGGUUGAUACAAUUGAGUAAAAAUCUAUUGGAAGAUGCUCAAUACAUUCUCGAAUAAUAGAAUAGUAUAUUACGAAAAAGAUGUCACAUAUUUGUACGACUUGAUAUUUUGAUUUCUUUUGUUCUGUUUGUAAACAUGCGUGAAGGUAACUUGUUAGGUUCUCGUACAAUUUUGUUUUUUGGUACAUUAUAAAUGAUUUUUCAAGAUGCCACUCACCUUUGGACUACUCACACUAAGCAUUUCUAACUUUUAGAGUUCUUUCGAAAUUAUUUCGUUCCAUCCUAAAACACGUCUUCUUAUUUAAAGUUGGAUCGUUCCUUGAGAACCAUAGAACUCUCUCAUACUUUGUCGAUGUAGGAUUUGGCUAAUGUGUUACAUUACAUCCCGUUUGGGACUCCAUCGUUGAAGAGGCACACAAAGAAGCUAUGAUACCACUUGUAACAUCCCAACACUUUGCUCACCGUCACCGACGGAUCCAGAAAACUAUAGAGCACUAGGCCGCAUUUCAUUAGAAAAUUGGAUGCCGUACCAAAAAUAAUGAUCAUAGUUUUUUUACAAUGUCAAUUGUACACGACGACAAUUAUACACAAUCUUAUUAUAAAAUAACACUAGCCCGAAUGACUUUGGGGCUAGAAUUUUUAGGCUAAAUUUAGAGUAGUGAUUUGAACCAUUUUCUAAUUAUACACAAUCUUAUUAUAAAAUAACAUUGGACCG